CAUUUCUCCUUGUUUUUUACUAUAAAUCUCUGUCUCUGUUUUAUCCUGUUUGGCUUCCCAUGGAGAUUUGUUUUUUGUGUUCUUUGUAUUUCUUCUUCCAUUUCACUGAAACUUCUUCUUUGAUGCACCAAAAUCCACUGUUUUUCUGUUCUUUUGCAUUUUAGAGACAACCCCUUUUGGUUCAUUCUACUCCAGCUAUGUUGCAGGACGUCGGCCGCCGCUCUGUGUCGGAGCAAAUCCUCCCCAUUGAAGAAAUCUCGAGUCCGAUCAAUGCACAAAUGUUUGAUUUCUGUGACCCCGAGCUGUUCUCGGAGACGCUUCAGAACUCCGAGUUCAAUUCUGGCUCGAAUUGUUGUUACGACAAGAAUUCAUCAUGUGUUACCAAUGUGUCUCAUUCUCCAGAAACAGAUAACAAUGGCAAUGGCAAUGGCAAUACCGUUACAACGGCGGCGGCUGCGUCGUUUAUACCUGUUAACGACGCAUCGGCCGCUACAACUAACAUAGCAGCCAACGGUAUCUUUGAUUCCCAAGAAGAACUUGACAAUGACAUCUCUGCUUCCAUAGACUUCUCUCCAUCAGCUUCCUUUUCAAUCCCUCAAUAUCUCAGCAACAUCCAUCCGGGCCAGUUUGAUGUUCCUCAAGUGCAGUCCCAGCUACCAUUAGUAGAUCCCAUGACUGAGGGGCUUAUGCAGUGUCCUAUGCCUCCGGUUGCAACUCUCCUCGACGACGAUCUACCGUCGAUCUAUGUCGACGAUUGCUUGUCUUCCUUGACAUCCUACAUGCCACUGAACCCUUCUUCCCCGUCGUGCUCGUUUGUCGGAGCAACCAUGACAAACUACCUGCCUGCUGCAUCGAUGAACCCCGCUGCAUCGUCGGUCGAAAGCUGUGGAAUGUUCUCUCUACUCGGAACGGAAUUGCAACCACAUGACCUCGAUUAUCAGGGAGACAACUGUGGAGUCUACAGCCAAGACUAUAUGCAAGGGACUUUCCAUCCACCCGACCUUCAGGUGGUAAACAAUGAGAAGAUACAAGUGGGAGGUGGAGGUGGGGCAAUGAAGUGCACAGGCAUAGCAUCAGAGCUCUCAAGCUUGAAGGACAGUAGUUUCAAAGUGGGAAAGCUGUCAGUGGAAGAGAGGAAGGAGAAGAUUCAUAGGUACAUGAAGAAAAGGAACGAGAGGAACUUCAGCAAGAAAAUAAAGUAUGCCUGUCGGAAAACGCUAGCAGAUAGCCGACCACGGGUUCGGGGACGGUUCGCAAAGAACGACGAAUUGGCAGAGACUCAAAGGGCAGGUGGUAGCAACCAUGAAAGAGAAGAAGAAGUAGUGGUGAAGAAAGAAGAUAGCUUGGUUGAUUCCUCUGUUAUCUUUGCUCAUAUCACUGGUGUCAACUCCUUCAAAUGCAACUAUACAAUCCAGUCUUGGAUUUGAUUAUUAAAAAAUUUUAAAAAUCAUUAAAAAAAAAUAUUUAAAAAAUUUUAAAAAAAUAUAAAAAAAAGAGGAAAAAACUACAAUUUUGCAGGACCCAAAUGAAUAAAUAUUUGUGGUAUGAAGUAGAAAGAGAUAGUGAAGAAGGGCCAUAAAUAGAAAUAAGUUUGAGUGAGGCCCCACUUAGCAAUCAAACUUAGAGAUCUUUUGUUGAUCAAUUUGUAGAUAUCUUAUCAACAAAUUUCAAAAUCCUUCAUUUGUAAAUGUUAGGGUUUUUUGC